AUGGGUGCCCUGCGCUCGCCUGGCGGAGCCAACAGCUCGUCGAACAAUAACGCUGCUGCUGCAGCGGCCGUUGCCGCAGCCGCUGCGUCCAGCCCCGGCGGCCGGAUGGGGCUCGGCUCCGCGCGCCCCGCGUCCGAGCUGCUGCUCUCGCAGUACCUCUCGAGCAACCAGCUUGCGUCCGCUUCGGCCGCGCAGGCACAGUUCGCCAACGCCCCCAACAGCGGCGGCGGCGGCCUUGGUGGCCUAGCGACCGGCACGCCCGAGGUGAACGCAAUCGACAAGUGGUUCGAGGAUCUGCAGCAUUACGAGGCCACGCUCGAGGAGAUGGCCGCGGCCAGUCUCGACAGCAACUUCAAGGAGGAGCUCAGCGCGAUUGAGCAGUGGUUCCGCGUCCUGUCCGAGGCGGAGAGGACCGCGGCACUGUACAGUCUGCUGCAAGAGUCGACGCAGGUCCAGAUCCGCUUCUUCAUCACCGUCUUGCAGCAGAUGGCCAGGACGGACCCCGUCAGUGCCUUGCUCAGUCCCGGCGCCGGACACAACAGUCUGAUGGCAGAGCAGAUGGAAAACAAGCUCGCCUCGCUCGGCCUCAAGUCUCCUUCUGCAAUGAAGGCACCCAACUCUGCUGCUUCGUUCCGUGCUCAGUCCGAAGCCAACUCUGGCUUCCUCUCUCCCAACGCGGCCGCGGGCGGAUUCGGCUCGGCAGCGUCGAACAACUCGAACAACAACAGCAGCAACAAUGCGGGCGACUCGAACAGCCUGCUGGCCGCGCAGCGCGCUAAGCUCAAGAGCAACCGUAUCUCCGCACCGGGACACCUCGCCAGCAUCGGCGGUGAUUGCAGCAACUUUACCGGCCUCACGCUCGAUCAGGUCGCCGAGGCCGGCGGCCGAUCCGUCUCACCCGGCCUUCCGUCACCCGGGAUCGGCGGCGAGGGCCAGCUGGCCAGCGUCCGGCCCAAGUCGACCGAUGGGCUGGGCGCACUCGCCUCUGCGCGCGCUGCCGGCGCCAAGAGCCCGCGCACUAACGGCCCGCUCGACGACGCGCUCAGCCCCCUUGCCAACCAGGGGCCCACCGGCAGCUGGGCCAGCAUGAUGAACACGCCGAUGAUGCCCAUGUUCAACGACGACAUCUCUGGCUCUUCGCAGCAGCAGCAGGAUGCAAGUGCCACGCUCGACGGCGCGGCCGCCAAGCUCGGCGGCACCAACGAUGACUCGGCAGCCGGAGCGAGGAAGUUUUCGAACCGCAAGGCGGGCCAGGCGUCUGUCCCCGGCGGGUUCAACCUUGGCGCGAACAGCAAUCUAGCUGGCGUGCAAGGCGUACUAUCCGGUAUCUACGGAGGAGCUGGAGCAGACCAGUAUGGCGGUGCUGCUGGCGCGCAGUUGGCCAAUUUGUCCAACCUCCCGCCCGGUGUUUCGCAAGCGCAGCUGAGUGCCGCGUUCGGGGUCACCAGCGCCGCGCUCGGCGUCCCCAAUACCGCUGGCCUCUCACCCAAUAUCAAUGCAGCACAGUGGGUCAACCAGCAGAACGAGCUGCUCCGCUCGCCGCUUGCGUCGGCUGCUCUGACGCAGAUGUCGCCCAACGCGCUCGCCGGCCUGCAGUCCCCCUCGGGCGGCUUGGCGAACCCGCUGAAUAUGCAGAUGAUGAACGCAAUGGCCGCCAUGGGCGGUCUCGGCAAUGUCAGCGCUGCGCAGUUGUUUGCGCUCCAGAACCAGGUCCUGCAGCAUCAAGCUGGGCUCACUGGCCAGUUUGCCGGCAUCCCCAUGAGCGCCGGCCCAGGCGCCGGUAGUUUCGGCCAGGCCAUGGGCGGCUUUGGCGGCGGUGCGGGCGGACUCAGGAGUGCUGGUCUCGGCGGCCGCAAUGCCUUCGGAGGGCCAGGCCUUUCCGUCGGCACGCAGGGCACGCGGGACAAGCCUCAGCGCUCACCACGCAUUCCCGGCAACAACCUACCUGCCUCGGCGCGCGCGGCCACAUUCGCCAGCUCGGGCAGCGGCGGCGGCGGUGCGAGUGCCGAGGACGAGGUCGCAGAUCUGUCGACGCUGAACGACACGGCUGCGUGGCUGCGCCAGCUGCGCUUGCACAAGUACACAUCUAACUUUGAGCACGACCACUGGAGGGAUAUGGUGCUGAUGGACGAAAAGGCGCUCGAGGACAAGGGCGUCGCGGCGCUCGGCGCUCGGAGGAAGAUGCUCAAGACGUUCGAGAACGUUCGGGCCAAGUACGGCAUCAAGAUGCCCGGCGAUGAAGCGGGCGGCGCGAAUGCAGCAGCCAAAAAGGAUGACGCUGCAGCGAAAGAGGGCGCCGGUGCAGAAGGCGAUGGCAGUGCUGCUGCUGCUGCUGAGAACAAGUGA